UGUUCGGUCUCCAUGGAGACGGGAGCACCGCUCGGUCUGAGUGAGGACACAGGAGGCGCCGCUCCCUCCUCGUCCUGAUGUUUUUGGCUUUAGCAGGGGGCUUUGCGGCGCCAUGGACCUGCCGGAGACGAUCAGGAAACGUUUAGAAGACUUCUCUCGGAAUGUCUUAUUCGACCAGAGUCGGACUCAGACCCUCACGAAGGAGAAUGGCGCGUUUUUGCCCCACGACAAGCGGGUUCUGUCCAGUCUCCACCUCCAGAUGUCUCUGUACUUUAACAUGUGGUUCUUCCCCCUGUGGUGGAUCAGUGAAACUGUAAUGCUGCAGCUCAAGUAUCCUGCCUUGCCCGACUACUACAAGUUCAUCCUCAUCACCAUUCUCAUCGUGAUGACGCUGAUCGAGGCCAUCAGACUCUUUCUCGGUUAUGCUGGGAACCUGCAAGAAAAGGUGCCAGAGUUGGCUGGAUUUUGGCUGCUGAGCAUCCUGCUGCAGUUUCCUCUCAUCCUGUUUCAGCUGUUCAACGAAGCCAUUCUCAUACAGCCCCUGGAGAGGGGCGUUCACAUUGUUCUCACCAUGUUCAUACUCACACAGGCUCUCUCUGGGUUUGUGGCUCUCCGGGACAUGGUCAGACACACAGAAAGCCAAUUUCACCUACGACAGUUUGACUGAAUCAUGAAGCUCUGACGUCUCUGCCACAUCCUGACAGACCGGGACAAAUCAUUACUCCACACAGACCCGGAUGGAUGACAGCAAGAAAUUAUGUGUUACUUUUUGUAUGACUUGUAGUACCUAGGAUAUUUUCUCCCAGUAAUAGUUGAGUAUUAGGGAGAAAAAAAACAAUUGAACAUAUUUAUUUUUGUAGUUGAAUCACAGUUUAUUUGAUGGGAUUGUCUUUUUUAAGUGUUGCAAUAAAGGAAAUCUUUUUAAGUAA